AAACUGAAUGUCAAAUCUAGUGGUUUUUAUUAAGUUUAUCUUUGCGAUUUAGAGAAAAAAGAUUUUUCAUAUUUAAAUAGACCCAUAAAAUAAUGGCAUCACUUUGCGGUCGGCUUAUUUUAAGAAAUACACGUCGAGAAUUUUCGACUAGUACACCCUGGCUCGGCUGGUUCAGUAAAGGACCCAAAUAUUUACCUGAUCCUAUUGAACACGCCCAGGGUCUCGAAAAGAGAGAAUUGCUGGCCGAAUUAUCCGGCAACGAUGAUCCUUUCAUGACAAAAGCAAUAAUUAGAACAGAUAAUACUAAAGAUAAACCAAUUAUGGUACCAAGUGCUUUUGAUAGUCGUAUGAUCGGAUGUAUUUGUGAAGAAGAUCAAACUUACAUUUGUUGGAUGUGGUUACAUGCUGGGGCUCCAAGGCGUUGUGAAUGUGGAAAUUGGUUUAAAUUACAAAAGAAAACUCCAAUUACAGCUGAUUAAAGUUGAUAAAAUAGUAGAUCGCGUAAAAAUUCACCUUGAAUUAAGUUGAACUUUAUUUACUUAUAUUCAAAUCACAAAUUAAGUCAAUAUUGAUAUUGUGUAUAGUAAAUAAAGUUGAGCUUUAUUUUUGGAUCAAGUUGCAUUAUCUUUAUUCAUACCUUACGAUUGAAGAGAAAAAAAAAAUUAAAAUAAAGUUACUCAUCGUUAAUAGUUAUGUAUAUAUAUGAUUUUUCCUAUAAAUAAAACCAACUUAAGGUUACUUUCGA